UGCAGGCUCGGGAAAACGCCAUCUUUAAACCCCAGAAGAAAUCACAAUUGAGCGCCGGGGAUCAACGACACACAGUGCCUGCCUUGGUUUUUACAUUUUGCGGGCAUCAUCAUGAUCAGUUUGUUGACCGGCGAAACAAAUACGCAACUAAUUGAAAGAACCGUAAAUACUCAACCAAGUCACAUUGUAUGGUCUUAAAAUUGUACUAUCAGAAGGCUAACAUCAACAACAAUACUAGCUAAACGGAAAGACAACGGACGAGUAAUCAAGGCGUUGUUAUUGAGCUAGCUAACCUGUGUUGAAGGCGCUUUGACAUUACGUUGUUUUAAACUGCUUGAUUUGGGACUCGACUGCGUGGCUGCAGUUUUAGUCCCGACUUCACCCCUCCCCAGCGACCCAGCCGGAGAUGCGUGGAAGAUGUCGGUUUCGGGGCUGAAGGCCGAACUGAAGUUUCUGGAGUCCAUUUUUGAUCCAAACCACGAACGCUUCCGAAUUAUUGACUGGAAACCGGAUGAGCUAAACUGUCAGUUUAAUGUGACUGGAGAAAAACUGUUAAUUAUACAUUGCAACAUUACGGAGUCGUACCCCUCCACACCUCCAAUCUGGUUUGUGGACUCUGAUGACCCGAGCCUGACACAAGUUUUGGAACGCCUUGAGGAUGUCAGAAAGGGCAGCACCCUGCUCCUACAGCAGCUAAAGCGGCUCAUCUGUGACCUCUGUCGGCUGUACAACCUGCCCCAGCAUCCAGAUGUAGAGAUGCUGGACCAGCCCCUCCCUGCCGGCCCUGUAGGACAAGACCGAAAGCAUGGGGUCACAGACGAGGUCACGUCCGAAGAGGAGGAAGAAGAGGAAAUGGGAGAGGACAUUGAAGACCUGGACCACUAUGAGAUGAAAGAGGAGGAGCCAGUGGAUGGGAAGAAGUCUGAGGAUGACGGCAUCGAGAAGGAGAACCUGGCCAUCCUGGAGAAGAUCCGCAAGAACCAGAGGCAGGACCACUUGAACGUAAGUGCUCAUUUGGGUGCAGUGUCUGGUUCAGUGCAGGCCUCAGACCGCCUCAUGAAGGAGCUCCGGGAGAUAUACCGGUCCCAGAGUUACAAGAUGGGUAUCUAUUCAGUGGAGCUGGUCAAUGACAGCCUGUAUGAAUGGCACGUCAAGCUGAGGACCGUAGAUCCAGAUAGUCCUCUACACAGUGACCUGCAGGUUUUAAAGGAAAAGGAGGGAAUGGAUUACAUUCUGCUCAACUUCUCAUAUAAAGAUAAUUUCCCCUUUGAUCCACCGUUUGUACGGGUGGCUUCUCCUGUGCUGUCUGGAGGUUAUGUUCUUGGAGGGGGUGCCCUGUGCAUGGAGCUUCUCACAAAACAGGGCUGGAGCAGUGCCUAUUCCAUAGAGUCUGUAAUCAUGCAGAUCAACGCCACUUUAGUCAAGGGAAAAGCCAGAGUGCAGUUUGGAGCCAAUAAGAACCAAUACAAUCUUGCCAGAGCACAGCAGUCAUACAAAUCCCUGGUCCAGAUCCAUGAAAAGAAUGGCUGGUACACUCCCCCUAAGGAGGAUGGGUAAGAGGACUGUUGCCAUGCCUCCACUGGGACCAAAUGUCUUGGGAGCAACCCCCCCCCCCCCCAAUACUUUUUUUAUUUUCCCUCUAACUGGAGUUGUUUUCAUUGGGAGUUUGUUCCCCAGCCAGUUCCACCCAUUCUGUUACCAUGAGAACCGACCAAUGGUUAAACCCCGUCACUGACCAACCACCUCACUGACCUUAUCCACUUCUCAAUAGGGGAUCCACCCUCUUGCUAUUUAUCUUUCUCUCACUUGUGCAAUCGCUUCCUCUGUUACAAUCUCACCCCUAAUCCCUUGAGCAUUGAAUGAACUCCAUAUCUUGUGCAACUCCCUUAAAUCCUACUCUGGGCAAGCAAAGAAGAGCUUACUUACUGCCUGUGAUUUCUGGUCAAGGUUGAGGCAUGGCUUUUGCUAGUGACUGAAGCUGUCUGUUACGUGACUGGGUCUGAGAUUCUCCGGCCACAGACUGGAACAGAGAAUGACAGGUGACAUUCCCCUUGUGACAUUGGAGGCUGGGAUGGACAAUGAAACACUGGUAGUGGGAAUGAGCACCACCUCACUCCCCAUUGAUGGCCUCUCAUGUUUGUGCUUGUGUAUCUGUAUAUUGCCAAGAUUCCUCCUUCUGGAAUAACAUGCCCUCCUGAGGCUUAUUUCCUUAAAAAUGCCUGGUCUACAAAAGCCAAAGGCCCUGAAUAGAGAGAGGAGAGCUAUAGACUCCUUACCAAAGUGGGACUGAGACAGCUUAAUGGAGGAUAUCCUGUUGAGCACAAGAGGUGGAGGCCGCCUCCACCACCCAGCCCUCUCAGGCUGCUUUCGGAAAUAUGAACAGUUAGCAAAGGCAGGUUGGAUUUAAUCACUGUAAUGUAGUUGAAUUUAACUCCACAUGUAAAACUUGUAAAGUUGUAUUUCUGAGAAUUGAUUUCAUUGUUUUUAAUGUAACCUUGUGUGGUUCGAGCGGGCUGAGACUGGGUUAGUAUACCCUUGGCUAUAGCAGGGGCAUCAAUCAAGGUGUAUUUUCAGACGUAGGAUAACAAACCAUUUGCUUCAUGGAUACUCUUGCAGAAGUUAAAAGGAACACCUUUUAAACCACGUUUUUGGUUGUCAGUGAUGGAAGGAACCUUUUCAGUGGGGUCAUGAACCCCUAACUCAUGACCAUCCUCAGCACUGUCAAACCUGGAGCAUGCCAAUUCUUAGCUAUAUGAAUAAUAUGCAGAAUAAUGUGUGAUGCAUUUGAUUUAAUGUUAUUAGUCACAUUAAUGGGUGUUUUUUGUGUGGGUGUUAUCCACUUUGUUAGAAAUCUGUCACAAAAACCAGCAUAGGAACCAACUUGUUCCUAGUAAAUAUUCCUAUUUUUUUUUUUGUUCAAUGCUGUUGGUCAGCCCAACACACUAACCUCAUCUAGAACUCAGUCACCCUUGUGAAAAAUACUAAUAAUGGGCAUAUAAUGUAUAAUUAAGCUCCAUCUACCUUGUAUUUGUUGUAAUGUAAGCCACCCCACCUGUACAACACAAUGCAUCACGUUCUGUCAAAAUGGUGGCACUGAAGACUCAUUUAGAGGUUUAUUACUAUUCACCCGACUAUGGUGACUGACUUCAUUACCAAAUAUGUCUACUACACAUGGAUAACUGUUGUUCAUUGUAAUAGACGUUAGGUAUUGGUACCAAGUGUGCCACUGCUUUCCCACAUGGCUGACCUCAUCGUGAACAUGCUCUGGCUAGAAACUCCCUCCCUGUGUUCUCUGGAGAAGCAAACUCAGGAAUACAUGGCUACUGCACACUUGACUUAGCAAGGGAUUGCUUCACAAAUGUCACGAGAUGCAGUUGUUCUUGUUUUGUUACUAUUGUUUUGUUACUAUUGUUUACUUCCAAAUUGGUUUCCCCUCCUAUAAUUACAGUAACCGUUGCAGUAACCAUUGUCCUGCGCACUCUCCAUUUGGCUUGUCUGAAUAUCUUUAAAGUAGCCACUGGUAAGACUGUAGUGGUAAGCAGGGUGUGGUGGAGUGAUGUGGGAGGGGCAUGUUUGCUAUUUCUUGAUAUAGGCUAUAGAUAUAUCUCAUUCAAUCCCUCAGAUCAAUUUUGUGACGCUGAAAGGUGAACCAAUGCUUUACCUCACCUAUUUAAGCUCAUUUAACCUCAUUGUCUUGGGUCUUUGUUUUUCUAGUCUAGGACAUGUUCAUCGUGAUCCUGUACCUCCUGGUUUUGUAGUCUUUUGCAUGUAGAUAUCUCAGCAAGUACUUUCCCUCUAGGGACUAGGGUGUGUGGACUGGAGAGUUUUGGUUUGUCAGGUUGGAUCAUCUAUAUUAGUUUUCACAGGUCGGUAGAUGCGGUCUCUGUAAACCCCAUCUCUGGGAACGGAUUCCUUUUAUAUUGAUUCAUGUAGGACUGACUCACCAGAUCAGGUUAGUUCUAAAGGAUAACAAUUGCAAAAAGGCUGUCUCCAACACUUAUGGGCGUUCCACCCGUGUGUCAAAGUAUGAGAUCGGAAACACAUGACCUACUAUUCUGUCCAGAGCAGGACUCCACCUCUUACUGUUUUAAAUCCCUGUGUCAUCAGAGCAGACGUCAAGCGGGCUUUUAACUCCGAGGAAGGCUCCAUGUCUGUUCUAAUGUCAGUUGUGUGGUGAAUUACAGCUCCUCUUAUACAGAUCCCAGACCAGUUGUCUAACAACCCAGUGCUUGGGAGAUUUUGGUUUGAGACCUGAAACGAAUUAUUGGUUCCUUUUCUGGCUUCAUUUUGUGAUUGGCGAUUGAGGGGGUUGUAAAGUUAUGCACUGUUCGCAUGCUUUGGUUUUAUUUAAUUUUUUUCAUUGCAAGGGUUAUUUUGACCAUGUACAGUAAUUUGUAAACUUGCAUCAAGUUUAUGAAUAAAGAAUUUUAUUAAAUA